CUGCCAUCUCAGGUGCCACGAAAUGAUUUACGGAAUUCUCGUCGUCGCUUUGGCGAUCACUUUCAGCGAAAAAGCUGACGCAGGCGCACGAGAUCCUAACCUCAACAAUACGGCGGUCAACGCUACAUCUUUGACGGUGCCGCCUCUGGUGGACAAGUUGGCGGAGAUCGCGAGGCAGCGGUUGAAAAAGCUGAAAGUAGUGGAGGUGGUCGAGCCGUUCGUGGAGCUCAGCGAAGAGGCGUUUUUGAUUGAGGUACCUCCGUUGGUUAUAGACGAAGGGGAUGAUGAGGAGGAGGAACACAAAGAUGACGUCGUCGAUGCGAAAGAAGAAGAUGAAAACGGUGUGAAACCCGCCUAAAACGUUGUCCAUUGUUUCGGGUACAAUCUUUUUGAAUUGAGACUUUCGUCAACAAACCUUUGAGAUAAUAAUAUUUGCACAAGAGGUAUGUAAAUGUUAAUGGGAUUCGUUCGUUAGGAACAUAUGAUGUGUGCAUUUUUAUUAUAUAGAUUAAUAAAAUAAAGACUGUUUUUAAUAUUGUAAAUAUUUUAUCCAUU